AUGUCAGAUGCCACAAUGGAUCCCUUCACCCUGGAAGCAGCAUCAACAACCCACAUCUGUCGCCAAGUUACCUCCCUCCAAACUCUCCAUGGCGCAGACAAAUUCACCUCUCAUCCUCUCUCCCCAGGCCUGGCCAUGAUAUCCUCCCCCGAGUACGGCCGCAAGCUCAACCACGCCACAGGCUGGGGGAUGAACGGGCCCGUCCCACCAGAAAGUCUUGACGCCCUUCAUCAUCACUGCCAACAGCGUAACACAAACGUGGAAAUUGAUCUAUGUUCGCACGCGCAUCCAUCCGCUUCAUCCCUCCUAAAGGUAAACGGGUACAGGCCGACAGGGUCAAUCAACGUCUACGCCAUGUCUCUCCAACCCAGCAUUCCUGUCUCUGAACUCGACACCCCAGUCCAAAUCACCAAAGUUCCUGUCUCGCCCCCGGAGCUCAACACAUUCAUCACAGCCUCUAUCGACGGCUUCCACAGCACAGGCCGCCCACCAGCCCUCCUCCACCUCCUCGCGCAAAGCGCCGCUCACCGAACGCAAUUAGAUACACACCUCUACCUCACUCGCCUCGACGGCAAGGUCGCAGGUUCAGCGGGUAUGGCCAUCGUGGACGGCAUCGCACUCCUGUACAUUGAUAGCGUGCUCCCCUGGGCGCGGGGGAAAGGCAUCCAGCGCCUGUUGAUGCAGGCAAGAUUGUCAGAUGCGGUCGAGCUGGGUUGUAGACUAGCCGUUGUUGAGGCUCGGCCGGGUACAGCCAGUUCUGGGAAUGCGGAGAGGGUUGGUUUUGAGCUUGCUUAUGUGCGGACGAGUUAUGCGCGUGUGGGGUUGGGUGUUGCUGGCGCUGUAUAG